AAGCAAGUUGUGUUGACGGCGUCUGUUGUGUGUCUGCUAGUCCGGCUCAGAGGGUCCGUCUGGGUCGGAGUCUCCGGCUCGUUUCGGUCUGAACAGCCGGGAAGAUGAGCUGCUGCCCGGACAUCUCCCGCAGGAACCCGCAGGAGGACUUCCAGCUGAUCCAGCGGGUCGGCAGCGGGACGUACGGCGACGUCUUCAAGGCGAGGAGCGUCGGCACCGGAGAGCUGGCCGCCAUCAAGGUCAUCAAGCUGGAGCCUGGUGAGGACUUUGCUGUGGUGCAGCAGGAGAUCACCAUGAUGAAGGACUGUAAACACUCCAACAUUGUGGCGUACUACGGCAGCUACCUCCGCAGGGAGAAGUUGUGGAUCUGUAUGGAGUUCUGUGGAGGAGGAUCACUUCAGGACAUCUACCACAUCACUGGCCCACUGACUGAGUCCCAGAUUGCCUACGUCCUGCGGGAAACACUGCAGGGCCUCUUCUACCUGCACAGCAAAGGGAAGAUGCACAGAGACAUCAAGGGAGCGAAUGUCCUGCUGACUGAUAACGGAUAUGUCAAACUGGCGGACUUCGGCGUGUCGGCUCAGAUCACUAUGACCAUCGCUAAGAGGAAAUCCUUCAUCGGGACGCCGUACUGGAUGGCUCCGGAAGUGGCGGCGGUGGAGCGGAAGGGUGGAUACAACCAGCUGUGUGACAUCUGGGCCGUCGGCAUCACCGCCAUCGAACUAGCCGAGCUGCAGCCGCCCAUGUUCGACCUCCACCCCAUGAGAGCUCUGCUUCUGAUGACCAAAAGUAACUUUCAGUCGCCCAAACUGAAAGACAAGGUGAAGUGGACUGGAAACUUCCAUCAGUUUGUAAAAAUUGCUCUGACCAAAAACCCCAAGAAACGACCGACAGCUGACAAACUCCUGCAGCAUCCGUUCGUCUCUCAGCCUCUCAGUCGGACUCUGGUCAUCGAGCUGCUGGAUAAAGUCAGUAACCCGGACCAGACUUCCUACCAGGACCACCUGGACGAUGACGAGGCCGAUACAGAGCUCGUGUCUGUCCCUCAGAGGAUCCCGUCCAGAAACACCAGAGAAGGAAAAACUCUGUCUGAGAUCACCUUUGAUCAGAUGAAGUUUGAUCCUCCUCUGAGGAAAGAGACUGAAGCGCACCAUGAAGAGGCCGACCCGGAUCGUUUCCUGGACUGUGAGGAGGAGCUCUACUACACCGCGAGAUCCACCCUGGAGCUGCAGAUGGAGGAGGAGGAUUCUGCUGCAGGAUCAGGAUCAGGAUCCAGCCUCAGUGGAAACAGGAGCCAGCUGAGGUCUGUGGAGGAGGAGCUCAACCAAAGGGGCCAUGACACUCACCUGGAUGAGGUGGCUGCAGGUGAGGAUGAAGGUAAGACUGAGGAUGAUGAUGAAGGCUGUGUGGGAGGAGAGAACCAAUCAGGCGUCUCUAAUUCUCCAGAUCACCAUGACAACGACAAUGGAGACAACAUGCCGCAUGUAAAGGACUUGACGUUGCGGCCCGGCCCUCCUCCUGAUGCCCCCCCCCCCCAGGAGGGACCACCUUCUUCUGAUGAUGACCAUCAUGGCGACCAGGGUACCAUAAAGCGCCAUCCUCCGUCAGAAAGCCCGGUCCGCUCGGCCACCCAGGGUCCACCCAGACCUCCACCCCCUAAACUGCCCCCCCACAGACUGAGCAGCCUGGGUAAAGCCCCGCCCUCCUCUGAGCAGCACUCCGCAGCGCCUCCUGCUGGCCCCGACAGGAAACAUCCUCCGAAACCCGCCAGCAACGGACUCCCGCCUACACCUAAAGUCCACAUGGGAGCCUGUUUCUCAAAGGUUUUCAACGGCUGUCCUCUGAAGAUUCACUCUGCUGCCUCCUGGAUCAACCCGGACACCAGAGAUCAUUAUCUCAUCUUCGGAGCCGAGGAGGGAAUCUACACUCUGAACCUGAACGAGCUCCAUGAGAACUGCAUGGAACAGUUGUUUCCUCGCAGGUGUACCUGGGUUUAUGUGAUGAACAACACUCUGAUCUCCAUCUCAGGUAAAGCCUCUCAGCUGUACUGCCACAAUCUGGCCGGCAUGUUCGAACAGGCUCGACAGAAACUGAAGCUGACGUCUCACCGGCUGCCCGAUCGCAUCUUACCGCGGAAGUUUUCCAUCUCCAACAAAAUUCCCGACACCAAAGGCUGCCUGAAAUGCUGCGUAGUGAGAAACCCCUACACUGGUCACAAGUACAUGGGCGGAGCCUUCCAGUCCGGUGUGGUCCUGCUGGAGUGGGUGGAGCCGAUGCAGAAAUUCAUGCUGGUCAAGAACGUGGACUUCCAGCCUCCGUGUCCUCUGGAGGUUUUUGAGCUGCUGGUUGUCCCGGAGCAGCUGUACCCUCUGAUCUGUGUCGGCCUGAGCAAAGGAGCUAAAGCCAACCAGCCCGUCAGCUUCCAGACCCUCGACCCCAAUUCUUCCUGCCUCGCCCCCCCUGAGACAGAAAACCCUCAGAGCUGUGUGAUCCACAUCACUCAGCUGGAGAGAGACACCGUCCUGGUCUGUCUGGACCGUUGUAUAAAGAUCGUAAACCUUCAGGGGAAGCUGAAGUCCGCCAAGAAGCUGUCAGCUGAGCUCACCUUCAAUUUCCAGAUCGAGUCGAUCGUGUGUUUACAGGACAGUGUUUUGGCCUUCUGGAGACACGGCAUGCAGGGGCGGAGCUUCAGAUCUAAUGAGAUCACUCAAGAGAUCAGCGACAACAGCAGGAUGUUCCGCCUGCUGGGCUCCGACAGGGUGGUAGUUCUGGAGAGCAGGGCGACAGAUAACCCAACUGAACACAGUAACCUUUACAUACUUGCCGGACACGAAAACAGCUACUGAGACCAGGACCGGCUGUGGACCAAACCAGGACCAAACCAGUUAAAACAAUUAGAACCAGGACAAAAACUGUUCAAACCAGGUCCGAACCAGGACCAGACGUGGCACAAACCAGGACUAACCAGGACCAGACGUGGAACAAACCAGGACCAAACCAGUUAAAACAAUUAGAACCAGGACAAAAAUUCUUCAAACCAGUUCCGAACCAGGACCAGACGUGGAACAAACCAGGACCAACCAGGACCAGACGUGGAACAAACCAGGACCAAACCAGUUAAAACAAUUAGAACCAGGACAAAAACUCUUCAAACCAGGACCAGACGUGGAACAAACCAGGACCAAACCAGUUAAAACAAUUAGAACCAGGACAAAAACUCUUCAAACCAGGACCAGACGUGGAACUAAUCAGGACUAAAAUUGGACCAAACCAGUAUCAGACCAGAUCAAAUGAAGUUCUACACCAGAACUGUUCCAGUUACCAGUCACUAUUAAAACGCCAACUACCAUCAUGCAUUGCAGCUCACCUGUAUAGUAUCUAACCCAAGAGAAGACAAGCUUAGAGCCAAUCAUCCCAUACUGGACCCACAGCAGGUCAGAACCGGACUGAGAACCAGACUGAACUGGACGACUAAUGCUUCUUUUUGCUCAGUCUCAGAGUGACAGAACGGUCCAGAAUCAGGCUCUGUGUGGACCAUCAUUGGAUCCAGUUACUGAAACUCUGAAGUCACUGAAGGAUCAGUGAAGUCCAUUAGAACCGGACAGCAACAUCAGAACCAUAAAGACAUUUAGAUAUUAUCGUGUCUAAAGUACUAAAGUACUGAUAUACUUGAGAUUCAGUCUGAAACGCCGCCUUCAAGUACAAUGGGAAAAAUCACUGUCUGUGCAGCAGAGACUAACUCAAGGUUCAUUUUACGCUCGCUGCCUUCACAGUCUGAGCUGAGCAGAACUCACCUGCUGGGUUCAGAGUGCUGUCUGAGGCACAUUCGGAAAGAUCCGAGGCCAGAGGCCCGGUCUCAAAGGUCCGAAGCCAGAGGCCCGGUCUGUAAGGUCAGAGGCCUGGUCUGAAAGGUCUGAGGUUUUUCUGAUCGGAGGUCACAUGUUCUACACACAUGUAUUUAUUCUAUGAUGCCAGUUAAAGGUACAGAGAACGUAGAGCAGCAGCUUGUUUCUACAGUAACGUGUCUGCAUUUGAAUUUUAAAGCUGCUUUUAGUACAGUUUACAUUUAUUCUUUUUUAUGCUGUGCAAAUACUGUAAAAUAAAAACUGACUUUGUACACUCUGA